GGAAGGUAUAUAUGCCCUGACGUCCAACUUCCGUGUUGCAGUAUCCGCGAGGCUAAACCACAGGCUUGUUACCGAUCAGCUUCUCUUAAACUACAAUUGCAAUAUUCACAACUGCACGCCAAGCCACUGCAAAUAGCUAUGCCGAUGGGACGGGGAAAUAUCGUCGUUGUGGUGGAACCAGGUCAGCCUGGACUGCGCAGCCACCAUGGCUGGCCAUCCCAUCAUCAUGGCCCACCGGCCCAUCAUCAUGGCCCAUCGGCCCACCAUCAUAGUGGACCUCAUCACGGUCAUCAUCAUCAUCCUCAUGGAGAACAUCAUCACGGUCAUCAUCAUCCUCAUGGAGAACAUCAUUACGGUCAUCAUCAUCAUCAUCAUCGUGGAGGACAUCAUCACGGUCAUCAUCCCAAUACAAAUCCUUCGGGUCACCAUCAUUGGCUAUUGCCCCAUCACCAGAGAAACUGUCGUUGAUUUCAGGCCCAGAAGUGUCCUUCCAUUCAGAUAUUGGGCUUCCAUCACGAAAAAGCUCUAAAAUGAUCGAAAAGAAAUAGGGAACUUUAGGUUUAUGGUCCAAAGGGAUUAAAAAACCUGCGUUUCCCUAGAAAUAUCUACGAUCGUCGUAAACGAAUAAUUAAAAAAAAAUGUUAUGCCGAUCUUGUAACGCGAAUAAUCUUGAUAAAUAAAAUCGACGAUUGUUAAAUAAUCGAA